CGAUAUUUGUAGCAGCGGUAUAAAACGUCUCUCCGAAAAUGUCGGCAUUCGGUACGAUGGUCUUGCCGUUCAUCCAAUAACUGACUUGACUAUCAAGCAGAGACGCCACGAACCCCCAAUAGAUGUCCCGAAUCAUGACUUUCACAUAUUUUUGAAGAAGCUAGUUGAGGUACCUUACGUUGAGCAUAUGCCUAGAAUACGUAGAGCCUGCAUAGCCCGUUGUAGGCACGUAGACAGGCUGUUAAAUAACUUUAUUUCUAGGAUCAUUAUUAAUCGUUCAUCGUAGAUGCAAACUUAAACUACGUAUGUAUGAUUUACCUCGUAUAUUAUAUGCAUUUGGUCCCUCUAGUCCAUAAAUAAGGGGUUGGUAUCUGUUCAUCCUUUAUGCUACCUAUGUAGGUAUAUAUACAUUAGAAACCCGCUCACAGACUGCGAGUCAUUACGAAACUCGAAACUCGAAAACUCAUCCCACGAAACGAUUAAAUAUUUACUACUUUCUUUUCCUUUUUGACAUCCCUAAAGUAUUCAUCAUGGCGUCUUAUGCACUACAAGUUCCAACAGAAUACGGCUAUGUCCUUACCGUCGCUGCUUCGUCGCUGUUCCUCAACGCCGUUCAUGUUACCCUAACUGUUAAAGCGCGCCAGGCCAGCGGCUUAAAAUAUCCAACCCCCUACGCCAGCCAGGAACAGCAGGAGAAGGACCCCAAGGCCUACGCUUUCAACUGUGCGCAGCGAGCGCACGCCAACUACACCGAAAACCUAACACCUUUCCUGGGUGCCCUUCUCAUCUCUGGCCUCUACUUUCCAACUGCCAGUGCUGCUCUCGGCGCCGCUUGGGUUCUCGGACGUUUGUGGUAUGCGAUCGGCUACACCUCGAGCGGGCCGGCGGGAAGGGGUAAAGGUUUCGCAUUGAGCAUUCUGCCCGCGUACGCUUUGAAUGUUAUGGCUGUGAUUGCUGGUGUCAAGAUUAUCCCGGCUGCUUAAGAUUCCCACUCAGAAGACAAGGUGGGGUGGGUAGUGGAAAAUCUAGAGAUAGAUGUAAACCAGCAAACUCAAUAUAUUUAUAUAUUUGUAUAU